ACACAUCGAAUAAUGGGCGGGGUCUCUUCACGACGGAAAGCGUCUCAAGUGCCCCCGCCCACCCCAGCAGCAGCCCCGGGCGGAGACGUUGACAAGCACACGCAUACCAGCAGCACCAGGAAGAAAUAGCGACCGGGACUGAACCAUGAGCUACCCUGGAUACCCUCCUCAGGCCGGCGGUUACCCGCCACAACCUGGUGCUUACCCACCCCAGGCUGGAGCGUACCCUCCCCAAGCAGGAGGCUACCCGCCGCAGUCAGGAGGCGGCUACCCUCCUCAACCUGGCGCCUACCCGCCUCAGGCGGGAGGAUACCCACCUCAGGCCGGAGGCUACCAACCCCAGGCAGGCGGGUAUCCACCCCAGGCUGGAGGCUACCCACCUCAGGCUGGAGGCUACCCACCCCAGGCAGGAGGCUACCCACCUCAGGCUGGAGGCUACCCACCCCAGGCAGGCGGCUUCCCACCUCAAGCUGGAGGAUACCCAGCUGCACCUCCAGCAGGCAGCUGGGGGGGUGGGCCUACUGGCGGAUAUCCCUCCAUCGGUUUGAACAACCUCACCAACCCUGGAUACAACGCUGGCAUGCCAGGAGGAGCCAUGCCCCAGCAACAAGGCCAGGGGAUGGGCUACCCAGGCCAGCCUAUGCCCGGUUACCCUCAAGCGCCACCUGCCAAUCCCACAAUGCCCGGCUACGGAGGAGCGCCGGCAACUAUGCCAGGGUACCCGAAAGUUCCCUCGCCAAAUCCAUCGAUGCCAGGGUACGGAGGCGCAAUCAACCCUGUCAAGAAAGGAUUUAGAGGGACAAUCAAGGACUUUCCUGGAGCGGACCCUCUUAAAGACGUGGAGGUCCUUAGGAAGGCUAUGAAGGGCUUUGGAACUGACGAGCAGGCCAUCAUCGACUUACUGGGCAGUCGCUCCAACAAGCAGCGUGUGCCUCUGCUGCGCUCCUACAAAACCUCCUACGGGAAGGAUCUGAUUAAGGACCUACAUUCAGAACUGUCUGGCGACUUUAGGAAGCUGGUCAUGGCCAUGUUGAAGAGCCCUGCUCAGUUUGACGCCUCUGAGAUCCGUGAUGCCAUCAAGGUAAACGCACCGAUUGCUAUAUUUUUCAUACUCGUUUCAAUAGGAUGUUUGGAACUCUCGUUUCCAUGUCAGUGUUGCGCUGAGCAGAAUACAUUUAUCAUACGUUGGUGUUUCUCGCAUUGA